AUGGCUCCUACCAACAACGCUGAACUCCAGAUGGACAAGGUCUUUCCUGUCAAGGACAAGGUCGCUUUGGUCACCGGUGGUGGUUCAGGAAUUGGUCUUAUGAUUACCCAGACUCUUGCUGUCAACGGAGCAAAGGUGUACAUUGUUGGACGAACAGAGGAGAAACUCGAGAAGGUUGUUGAAGCACAUGGUCAGAACAUUGCGGGUCAGAUUAUCCCCAUUGUCGGAGAUGUCAGCACCAAGGAGGGUGUAUCGAAGAUCAAGAAGGAAAUCGAGUCAAAAGAGAAGUGCGUAUGCAUCCUCGUCAACAACGCCGGUAUUGCGCCAGGCAAGACAGAGGUGAAGGGGAGCUCAGAUGAGCUAGUCGAAAAGCUCUUCGACGGCACAACCGAACAAGAGUGGCUCGACGUCUACCAGACCAACGUCGUUGGUCCCUUCCUCAUGAGCACCGCUUUCCUCCCUCUCCUCCAAAAGUCCACCGAGUCGCACCCAGGCUACUCAGGAACCAUCAUCAAUAUCAGCUCAAUCUCUGGCCACAUCCGCAUCUCACAAGGACACUUUGCCUACAACUCCAGCAAAGGAGCAGCAAUUCACCUAAACAAGAUGCUCGCGUCUGAGAUUGCUAAGAACGGCAUCAAGGUCCGCGUCAACUCCAUCGCUCCUGGUGUCUUCCCUUCAGAGAUGACCACCCAGGAAAGCAGAGACGACAACCAGAAGAGCGAAAUGCCCAAGGACCACAAGGAGGGUCUUCCCGCACAAAGACCUGGAAAGGACCAGGAUAUGGCUGCGGCUAUCCUUUUCGCUGUUGGCUGCCAGUACCUUAACGGCCAGACUAUCACCGUUGAUGGUGGCUACGCAAUCCAGGUCGGCAACUAA